UUUCCGGCCGCCAGCGGAGCCGCCAUGCUUUCGCGGCAAAAUGAAAGGAAUAGUGAACAUGUUUUGAUAGUGUCCUGGUUUAUUUUGAGCUCUUUCUAGUUGCGUUAUCUGCGUUUCUUUAUGAGUCGCUUUGGUAAGAUAGUCGGAUCUGAAGUCUAAAGUGAGAUACACGCUAAGGUUCGCUGGUUGGUUAAAAAAAAAGUGUCACAACGUUGGACCUUUAUGGAAUUAUUUGCUGUCAUUAAACACUAAAUAAUGGCGACGGUCACUGCAGAAAGUAUAAGUUCAGAGCUACAGCUCUUUGGCAUAACCUGCGAUGAGGACUCCGUCCUGGAAAAGAUGGUGGAGCAGUGUAUCUAUAACAGUAUGCAGGUGGAUGACAUGGUGCAGGAGUGGGUGGCCUACAGCGUUACCAAAAGCAGACUGAAACUCACACUAGACACCCUGGAACAAUUUGAACACGAGGUUUUAAACAAGAAUAAAUCUAUACACAGCUUCAGAAAAGAAGAGACCUACAACAGAACCAGAGAUAUCCACUCACUGCAAGAAAUAAUUAGAGCUGAGGAAGAGGAGGAGAAUCUGUUGGAUUCCUACGUGACACCUGCAGAGGGCUCUCAGAAGCGAGCGCUGAGCACCCCUGAACAUCCUCGGUCCAAGAGGAGCACAACCCUCCUGUCCAGCCCGGGUCUGCUGCUGUCUCCUGCCAGCUUCUCUCCCAGUGUAACGCCCUCACAGAAGUACAGUCAGCGCAAAGGGAGAGGAGAGGUGGUGGCUACAUUUGGGGCUGUACAAGGCACUCGCUGGUUCGGCAGGAAGAGUCCAGACUCUGAGGUCCAGGUCGAGCUGCUGGAAGGGCCUGAAGAUACCCUCCACUGUAGCUACAAGUAUAUGUUCCAGAGGCUCCGCGAUGUGCGAAACGUUUUGACUGAGAAGAUUGAGGACCUAGGUGAGAGUUUAAGGUCUUACUUCAAAAUUGAAGAACUCUCUUCUGCAUCUUUGCCUGCUCAGGAUAGUAUAACUGUUCUGGGUCAGGUGUGCUGUGACAGUAAUGGAAAGCUGAAUACACAGUCUGUUGUGUUGGAGGUGGGACCAGAACAAGGUGGCCAGCAAGUACCAGUCGACCUCUCAGAGCUCAGAGAAUAUUCCCUAUUUCCUGGUCAGGUGGUAGUGAUGGAGGGGAUGAACACGACGGGGAGAAAACUGAUGGCUUCUAAAGUCUAUGAGGGAGUUCCUCUUCCCUUCUAUACCUCAGAGGUGAAACAUGAGAUGGCUGAAGAACCUGUGAAUGUCCUGGUAGCCUGCGGACCAUACACCCCCUCUGACAGCGUGAUCUUUGACCCGCUGCUGGACCUAAUCAGUAUCAUUGUCCGGGAUCAUCCUGAUGUCUGCGUGCUGAUGGGUCCAUUUGUUGAUUCUAAACAUGAACAAAUUGAGAAAGCCCAGGUGACAGAGACGUUUGACACCAUUUUUUCAAGAUGCAUUGACAUCAUUGUGGAAGGUACCAAAAGCGUUGGCUGUCACCUGGUGUUUGUUCCGUCUCAGAGAGACAUUCACCACCACUUCAUCUACCCCCAGCCACCGUUCACCCUGCCAAAUCUCAAGGACCAGGCUCAGCGGGUGACCUUGGUCCCUGACCCCUGCACCUUGCUUAUUGAUGGAGUAACCUUUGGUUUGACCUCUACUGACAUCUUGAUGCACAUGGGGGCAGAAGAAAUUAGCUGUGGUUCAGGAUCAGAUCGAUUCUCCCGCAUGCUGAAUCACAUUCUGACUCAGAAGAGCUACUACCCCCUGUACCCGCCUGCGGAGGAGGUGAACAUGGACUAUGAGAAGUUCCAUCUCUGCGGUCAGAUGCCUCUCACCCCAGACGUUCUAAUUAUUCCCUCUGAACUGCGCUACUUCGUCAAGGAUGUGAUCGGGUGUGUCUGCAUUAAUCCUGGACGACUGACUAAAUUCCAGGUGGGUGGGACCUACGGCAGGCUGCUCCUUCAGCGCAGCGUCCCUUCGGAGGACAGCAGGAGACUGAGCCCCUGUUUGGCUGCUCAGGUGGUGAAGAUUUAAGACACCGAGUUCAGCUUGCUGCAGUCGGGAUUUGUUCUUUUUUGGUAAUAUGGGCUGCCUCCUUUAAAGCCAGGCUGAUGUAAGAAACCGCUCCCUGCACUGUGGAAAUCAGCGGGAUGUUUGGUUUCUACGUUUUAAUUGCAGACUACACGUUGGGUUCUGUACUAUUCUCUGCACGAAACUCACUCAAACACA